AUGGAGCAGGAAACCCGAAUCUUAUGCUUAAUAUCCUCAAGUGACGAGUGCGCAGGCUCAUUCUGCCUGUUGGGUAUUCGGAACGAAGAGCGUGUGAACCGGUCACUUGCAACCCAAGACCAAAUCGGCAAAACAGGCUACAGUGCUUACGUUCGACAUGUUCAAUACGGUACUUACGAGAGUAAAUCUGCGUGUCUGCUUGGUAUUGACUUCGCCUUCCGUUUUCCUCCGAAGGGAUUUGGCCGCUUCUCCUCUGCGGAGAUUGAAGUUACCUUUGAGAAGGCUCUCAACACUAGCAAACCCUAUCUCCGCUCGACUGAUGCCUCGCUGGAUCCCGUUGUUGCCAAUUUUGCACCUAGGCAGAUACUUGGGCUGACCAAACCGCGGGACAAUCACAAGAUUUUGGAGAUUAGCGCGCCUAUCGUCUUUCACACACCUUUUGGACCAGCUCGUAUGUCUGCAAAGUGGUCCAAAGAGACAACUUUCACUGAGGAAGGGCGACUUGAGGUUCAUGGCAACUUGGCGCAAGAUGACGAUCAUGACGAUGGCGCAAACUCAGUCACUUGGGACCUAACAGAGAAUCCAGUUAGCAAAGACGGUAUUCUCCGCUCGUUCCGUGGCGUUGUCGUAUUGUUUUGCCGCCCUGGAGAUGCUUUUUGGAUGCGCGUAUCCGUGAAACCUGUGGUGAAGUUCGCAUUAGAUCCACGAAGGUUGUUGACUAAGAGACUGGUGGGUGAUAGAGAUGAACCUGUACUGCUCAAUGGGCGGCAAAGCCUGGGUAACUCGUCAUGCUUGAAUUACAGUGAAUUUGAUCAUGAGGACUUCCCCUGGCAGGACAUGUUGAAUCUACCGCAACCACUAGGGAUCACGGAUGGAGGACAAGUGGCCUAG